AUGACCAAAGCUGGAAUUCCCCCAAGACAAAUUUUUUCAUCUUUACGUCAAAAAACCCCAAAUCUACCGGCCAUCUCUAGAACUAUAUAUAAUGUGAAGAAAAAAAUACGAAAGGAAAAUUUAGGGAAUCGGCCCAUGAUCAACGCAUUAUUUGAGGAGCUUGAAGAAGGUGGUUUUACCUAUGAUAUUUCACAUAAUUCGGAGGAGCAUAUAUCUCGUUUGUUUAUUGCACACCCUUUGUCGAUUAAACUGGUCAAAGCCUUUUCUAAUAUCUUUGUGAUGGAUUGCACCUACAAAACCAAUAAAUAUAACAUGUCACUCCUUGAUAUCACUGAAAAAGAAGAUGAAGAAAAUUAUGCUUGGGCAUUACGUGCAUUUAAGGAGAUUAUUGGACAAGGAGAUUUGAGGGAAGUGAAAGAGAAAAUUUGUCUUGCAGUCGAGCAUGAAUUUAAUGAGAUUAAAGUGAAACUCUCAAGUGAGAAACUUCAAGUUCCUCACUAUUGCAAUAUGCCAUUUUUUAGAGAGCUUCAUUCUCAUAUUUCUCACUUUGCCUUGAAGGAGAUAUAUAGGCAAUAUGAUGUUGCAAAAGAUGGUAUUAUAACUUUGUGCACCGGUCACUUUAUGACAACUAUGGGUCUUCCAUGUGCUCACAAAAUAAAAUAUUGGCAAGGAACUACUUUUUCGUUGGAUUUAAUCCACCCUCAUCGGAGGAUUGACACGUUAUCAUUAAAUGUACAAAAUGAUUUGCAUGGUGAAGGCAUCGAUCGAUUCGAUGAGUUGCUUAAUGAGUUGCACUCAACGUAUCAAAGGUGGCCCUUAAAUAAGAAAGAACAUGCUCUUUCAGUGAUUACAAAACUUGUGAACCAAUCUGUCACCGUUUUUGAGCCCGUGAUUCAACGACCAAAAGGAAGACCUCCAAAAUCAAAAAAAGAAAAGAGGAAUAACUUCCACAACACGAGAUCCUUCAAGAUUUGA